AUGUUGAAGCCAAAGGAUCUGUGCCCUCGGGCGGGCACUCGUACUUUUUUGGAGGCGAUGCAAGCUGGCAAGGUGCACCUGGCGCGUUUUGUUCUGGACGCACUGGACCGUAGCAUCAUUGAUUGUCGGGCGGAGCAGGGGCGCACGCCGCUCAUGGUGGCGGUGGGGCUGCCAGACCCCACGCUCAGAUCCCGCUUCGUACGGCUGCUGCUGGAACAGGGCGCGGCCGUGAACCUGCGAGACGAGAGGGGCCGCACGGCGCUGAGCCUGGCCUGCGAGCGGGGCCACCUGGACGCGGUGCAGCUGCUGGUGCAGUUCAGCGGCGAUCCAGAAGCGGCCGAUUCGGCGGGCAAUAGCCCAGUGAUGUGGGCCGCCGCGUGUGGCCACGGCGCCGUGCUCGAGUUCCUGGUGCGCUCUUUCCGCCGCCUUGGCUUGCGCCUCGACCGCACUAACCGCGCGGGCCUCACAGCAUUGCAACUCGCGGCCGCCCGAGGCCACGGGCCUUGCGUCCAAGCGCUCACAGGGCCCUGGGGCCGUGCUGCCGCCGCAGCGGCGGCCCGCGCCCGGGGCUCUACCUCGGACAGUCCCCCAGGCCGGCCCAGUGCUGCGCCUAGCCCUGAGCGUCGCCGGCCUAGCCCCCGCCGCCUUCCGCGGCCCCUUUUGGCCCGCUUCGCCCGGGCAGCUGGCGGCCAUGGGGGUGAAACAGGCACCGGGAGCAAGGGCUCGGGCCGACAGAGAUCGUUGGGCAACGAGCGGCCUGAAUUUGGCCGCAGCAUGAGCUUGGCUCUGGGCUCGGUGACCGAGGAAGAGGCUGCGCGGGUCCGGGCGGCAGCCCAGCUCCCCCAGCCAAAUUCCCCUCAGGCCUCGGGCACCGGGAGGUGGCGCUCGCAGGAGCUACUGGAAGGCAAGGCUCUGGCCCUAAUCAAGGCUCCUGGUGGGCUCACCCCCCAUCCUGAGGGCGCCCCUGGGAAAGGCCGUCUCGGUCUGCGCCGCCGUUCUACUGCGCCGGACAUCCCCAGCCUAAUGGGGGAGGUGCAAGGGUCAGACGGCGGGCUGGAGCAGGAGCUUGACUCGCUGCCCCUCACUCUGCCUGGCCAGCAGACCCCUUGGCAGGGGGGUACCGAGGCAGAAGCAGUGGUCUUACAAGCCCAGCGGUGA